ACCCUUCACUGGUUGGACAUACUGCUUUUGAUAAUCCUGAACAAAAAUCAUCUCAGAGAACAGGCAAAAAACUACUGAAGACUUCAGCAGCACCUGAAAUGCUGCCCUUUUUGGAUCAUUGGAACACUCCAACUAAGAAAGUGUCACUCAGAGAAAUAAUGUCAGAAGAAAUUGCCUUACAGGAAAAAUUUGAUUUGAAAAGGGAGACACUUAUGUUUGAAAAAGAUUGUGCCACUAAACUAAAAGAGAAGCAGCUCUUUAAAAUAUUCCCAGCCAUCAACCAAAAUUUUUUGGUGGACAUUUUCAAGGAUCACAACUACUCAUUAGAACACACAGUGCAGUUUCUCAACUGUGUUCUCGAGGGAGACCCUGUGAAGACAGUGGUGGCUCAAGAGUUUGUUCACCAAAAUGAGAGUGCUGCUUCCCAUACUGCACCAAGAUCCAAAGAGAAAAAGGCAAAGAAAUCAAAGGAGACCGAAGACAGCCCCAGUGAGCCGUCGUUUCAGGACUUUGAGUUUCCUGAGUAUGACGACUACAGGGCGGAGGCUUUCCUGCACCAGCAGAAGAGGAUGGAGUGCUAUAGCAAGGCGAAGGAAGCCUAUCGGAUGGGCAAGAAGAAUGUCGCUACCUUUUAUGCCCAGCAGGGGAGUCUUCAUGAGCAGAAGAUGAAAGAGGCCAAUCACCUUGCUGCUGUGGAGAUCUUUGAGAAAGUCAAUGCCUCCCUGCUGCCACAGAACGUCCUAGACCUGCAUGGGCUGCAUGUGGAUGAAGCUAUAGAACAUCUGAUGACCGUUUUACAGCAGAAAACUGAAGAGUUUAAGCAGAACGGUGGUAAACCCUACCUGUCUGUGAUUACGGGGAGAGGAAACCACAGCCAGGGAGGAGUUGCUCGCAUCAAGCCAGCCGUCAUGAAAUACCUCACAAGCCAUAGCUUUAGGUUCUCUGAAAUUAAACCAGGGUGCUUGAAAGUCAUGCUAAAGUAAAAUAAAUGUCUUUAAGUAUGAAGGUUUGUAAGUUGAAAUUAGUUUUAUUUGCAGUAAUUCAUUUGAU